AUGCCUAUCACAAUCUCUGGCAAAAGUAGUGUGGCUGCCCUUCAGCUGGGAGGACUUGGAAGAGCCAUUUCUCGCUGGAAGACGGGAUCGAAGAAGACUGUCAAUUUUGCUGUCUUUGAAAAUGGAUAUCCAACGCAAGAGCUCGCUUUUCUAGCGGCAAAUAAGUUGAAAGAAGCCGCCGAUGAAUGGAAUGAUCUAGAACUUGGUGUGCAGUUUGAAUGGGUUUACAAGAUUGAGGAUGCCGCGUUCGUCCUUUCUUACGCGGAAAGUAACAUUCCCGGUGUCCUUGCUGAGGCCUUUUUCCCGAAUGAUCUGGAUCUGAAUAUACUGAACGUGUACCCUGACGCAUUCAAAUCCGGUACCAUGCAGUGUCUAAAAGAAUAUCUUCCUACAUGA